AUGGAGGGUGCCGCAGCCGGAGAGCCGGCACCGGCGGGCGUGCAUGCCGUGCCCUCCCGCAGGCUGAUCGCCGGCUUCAUCUCGGGCACGCUCAAUGGCCUCUUCGCUCUCGCUGGUGCGCUAACCGGAGCAGUCACCGGCGCGCUGGCGGGCAGAGCCUCCGAUAGCGGCGUUCUCCGGGGAGCUAGAUCUGGAGCUAUCACCAGGGCUGUCCUCUCCAUCCUGGUUCUCCAGGCAUCUCGCGCCUACUGGUGCUCGGACCGGCUCGGCGCGUCAUCCAUGUCCAUGACAGAUUUCAUAGAGCAGCUCCUUCAUGCCCGGUUUGAGCAACAGCGGCUUGGAUUUUCAGCACAUACAUCACACCAGUCGCAGGUCGGCAUAUCCGGCUUUGGUCAGGAUGAUGUGUAUGAAAUCUUCGGAGACAUUUCGUUGAGAGGGCUUUCGCACGAGUCCCUGAAGAAAUUGCCACACUAUGUGGUAACUGAUCAGGUCCAUAGCACAUUUCAUGAAAACCUGCCUUGCACUAUUUGUCUACAGGAUAUGGUAGCUGGCGAGACAGCAAGGAGGUUGCCGAAUUGCUCCCAUGCUUUUCACCAGCCCUGCGUGGACAAAUGGCUCUUUACCCACGGUUCAUGCCCUGUGUGUCGGCAACAUGUGCAGCGUAUAUAG